GAACUUCUUGGUAUGUAAGAUACUUACAGGCCACAAAAAGAACAGUAUUGUUGCUAUUCCAAGAAUAGAUUUGUCACCAAGCGAAGCAACACUACCAUUCCGCCUUAAAAGAAGGCUGUUUCCUAUAAUACCAGCAUUUGCAAUGACGAUACAUAAAGCACAAGGACAAUCAUACGGUUGUGUUGGUAUUUACCUUCCAGAACAUUGUUCACACAUGGUCAAUUAUAUGUUGCUUUAA